UAUUUUUGGUUGCCUUCAUGGUUUUGACAGAUUGAUGCUCAUACUGGUAAUGUUAGCGAUCUUGCUUUCUCUCACCCAAACAAACAACUAUGCGUUAUAACUUGUGGGGAGGACAAGACUAUUAAGGUCUGGGAUGUUGCCACUGGUUCUAAGCAGUACACUUUCGAGGGUCAUCAGUUACCUGUUUAUUCUAUGUGCCCACAUACUAAGGAAAACAUUUAGUUCACCUUUUCGACGGGUACUGAUGGGAAGAUUAAGGCAUGGUUGUAUGAUAAUUUGGGUUCAAGAGCUGAUUAUGAUGCCCCAGGACAUUCUUGCACAACAAUGGCUUACAGUGCUGAUGGGACAAGGUUGUUCUCAUGUGGGACUAGCAAGGAAGGAGAAUCAUACAUUGUAGAAUGGAAUGAAAGUGAAGGAGCUGUCAAGCGGACAUAUCAUGGUCUUGGGAAGCGGUCUGUUGGGGUUGUGCAAUUUGAUACAACAAAAGACAGAUUUCUGGCUGCUGGUGACGAGUUUGUAAUCAAAUUUUGGGACAUGGACAAUGUUAACCUCUUGACAACUACUGAUGCAGAGGGUGGAUUACCGGCUUCGCCUUGCAUUCGGUUUAAUAAGGAAGGAACACUGUUGGCUGUCUCAACAAGUGAGAAUGGUGUCAAGAUUCUUGCAAAUUCUGACAGUGUUAGGCUUCUGCGUUCCAUUGAAAGUCGUGCACAUGCUUCUAGAAUGGCUUCUGAGAGUGCUGCAAAAGCCCCCAUAAUUGGUACAUUUUGUGCUUCCAGUUCAGCUGCUAGAACAAAUGUUGGUGUUGCAGAUAGAAAUGCUCCAGCGAUCCCUAUGAUUACACUGAAGUCUCCCUACGAUGGAAUCAGCCCUUGCAAACCCACAUGAAGAUAUCGAAAAAGAGGCGAUACCUGUGUCAAUUAUGGGAUGAUAAGAUGUACCAGGAGAAAUGUCAGAAAAACAAGGAAAAUCGGUUUGAGCUUAAAGUCCUCCAUACAGCUGGCUCAAAGGCAUUUAGAAAGGUGCAAUACGAUGAGCGAGACAAGGAUGGAAAGGAGCUUGGACUUGUUGAUUUGUAUCACAAGACACACUUUAGUCAGAAAAGGCAAGCAUGGGUCCAUAAUGAAGCUGAAGUUAGACAU